UAAGAGAAAUUCAGACUAUAGCAAAGUUGAUUUUUUUUUUAUGCAGCUGUAGCAUGAGGAACGAAGCUGGAUUGUCCCAUGAGCUGUGUGGUAUAAAGGUUUUCAGAGAGAAGGGACCAUGAAGCCUUGAUCAUAUAUGGUUCAGCUGGAUGUUUCUAAUAAGAUGGAUGAUUUGGUUGUUCUUGACCUUCUGGAUUGCCCCUUAUGCCUUGGAAAACUGGAUGUCACUGCCAAGGUGUUGCCAUGCCAGCAUACCUUUUGCCAGCCUUGUCUGCAGAGGAUAUUUAAAACCAGGAAGGAACUGAAAUGCCCAGAAUGCAGAACCCCUGUACAGUGCAGCAUUGACGAGUUGCCGGCCAACUUAUUAUUAGUACGAAUACUAGAUGGCUUGAAAGGUGGGCAAACCCUUCUGAGAAGAAACUCCUCACGGAGGAUGGGGGGACUCUUUGCCCAAGAUUCUUUAAAGAAGAGUAAAGCAAACAGAGCAAGCCAGGAUUCUACAUUUAAGACCAUUUCCAAGGACAGGAUGCCUGUUGAUGGGCAAUCUUUUUUAAAAGCCCUCACAACCUACAGAGGUAAUUCACCCAGAGAUCUGACCUUGAGUAAAGGAGAUAUCAUUGUUCUACACAGACAACUGGAUGAGAACUGGAACAACGGACAAGCCAACAGGGGCAGCAGAAUAUUUCCUGAGACUUCAAGGAAGGCUCUCCAGCAAGCUCCUGCGCUUUGCAAGGCUCUGUACAAUUUUGAUCUGAAAGAAAAGAACAGAGAAAGCAAGGAUUGCCUGAAAUUCCAAAAGGAUGACAUUAUCAGUGUGAUCCGACGUGUGGAUGAAAACUGGGCAGAAGGCAAGCUUGGAGAUCAAGUGGGCAUUUUUCCGCUCAUGUUUGUAGAGCCAAACCAAACAGCAAAGCAACUAUUGGAAUCAAAUAAAAACAGAAGCCACCAGAAUAGUACCCAUUCUCCGUUGAUGAAAGCACCCACAAAGGUUAAAGGUACAGAAGUGGCAGCCAACCAUGCAAUGCACGAGGGCCGGCGGAAAGGGCCCCGUCAGUUUCUAAUCACAAAUGCCUUGAACAGAUUCAACAAAAUGGUUCAUUCUCCAACGGGCCGUCAAACUCCCGAAAUAAGUAGCCCUAUUCUUAUCAGUUCCAGCAAUCCUGCAGUCAUUGAGAAAGCAGAGGUCUUGUCUGCUUCACCAGUACAGGUCAAUACUUCUCUAUACUGUCCCAUAUUUGGAACACAGAGCAAUGGAGCACCAAUAAUGUCUCUUGCCAGUUCUCACCAGACUAUUUUGGCAAACAUGUGUGUUGUUCUGCAUCCAUACAUGGCUAAUGGGCCAGAGGAGCUGGACCUCCAAAAAGGGGAAGGAGUCCGUGUCCUGGGGAAAUUUCAGGAAGGUUGGCUCCGAGGAGUAUCACUAGUAACUGGAAAAAUCGGGCUCUUUCCGAACCACUGUGUUAGUCCUGUGUACAGGAAAUCACCCAACUACACGGAUCCCAGAGUGUCAGUGAAUAACACUAAAUGGAUUUCAAGCAGUGCCUCGGUUUCUUCGCAAGGCAGCAUGUCAGAAAAUGGAUUCAGCCGCCCCGUCCGACCCUUUGUACCAACUGCUGUGGUUGAACCAAUGAAACAGAACCUGCCUUCAUCUUCAGCAGCGGUAACCCUCCGAAGGAACAGCAAGAUCCUCAGAAAAUGUUCAACUCUUCAGAGGAAUGCGCAGAGCAACUCUGCUCCCCUUCCCAUGACUUCCGUUAACCGACCUUCUUCAGCCAUCAUUCAGUCUCAACCAAUUCAGAUAUUUUAUAAUGCCUCCCAGUCUAAUGUCGGCGCAAGUGCGGAGAACUGGACAAGACCGCAGUCAGCCUACGAUGCAGUGCAUUUUGGUGGCAGAACCAAUGAUUACAGGAGAUAUUCCACUGCCAGCUAUGUGUUCAUAGAAACAAAUGAAUCCUCUGCUAAAAGUGAUCCAACAGUUAAAUCCCCAUCCAGCGGACCACCAUCCAUUCUAGUGAAACCAGACACACCCAAGAGCGCAUCUGACAAGCAGGUGAAGACAGUGAGGUUCAUGAAUUUUAGUCCUCCUCCAUUAAAGCGCCAGGGCUCUCAGAUACAAUACAGUGGCAGGAAUGAGCAGCUAAUAACAGAGGCACCAAAGGCGGAAGUAACGGCGGCUUCUGAGACCAACUCGAAUCAGCAGCCACGAGCCAACCCCAUGCUGAUAAAGCCAACGGAAAACCGAAGAAUGUACAGACUAAAAAGUUCCAGCAGCGACAUUGUUGUCCCUAAAUCCCCAGCAAUUUCUGUUGCCAGCAAAAGGGCGUCCAGUGGAAGCAUGAAAAGAUGGAGUGCUGCCUAUUACCCGCAAGAUAUUCUCUCCUCCUAAAUUUACUUUAUGGAACUUGAGAUUUAGAAUACUAUCUUCAGUCCUGCUUUUUAUUUAGUGGGGUUUUUUUUUUUUGGACUUGGUAAAUUAUAUUUUGUGUCAGAGUUCCAGUGUAUCUUUUUCAUCAAUUCAUCUUGUCGUUCUGGACAGACUUACUAUGUCGAGCAAAGGAUCACUGGCAGGUUCAGUAAUAAAUGUCUUUUCUUCACCUCAUCCUUAUUACCCAGCCAGUUUUAUGGCACAUUUUCUGGCAUUCCUUUUUUUUUUCUUUUGCAACACAGAAAAUCACAUCAUUUUUUUGUCCAAAAUAUCGGCUGGAUGAUUUUUCUCCCCUGCAAAUAAGGUCACUUACUCAUCAAGGUGAAAGGAAAAGUCACGGUUUGACGGGACGUAUAGAGACAUGGAGGGACUAGAUAGUCUUUCUUAUUAUAAUGUAAUGAUAUUACAGAUAUUUGCAUUUGCUGAUGCAUGGACACACUUUUUCCAUCUCCCUAUAUCAUGCAUAACUCAUUUUCACCUAUUAUUGUACAGAUUUUGAUACUAAUAAGUGGGCAUUGUUACUUUUUUUCUAGACAAAAUUAUCAUCCAUUUUUUUAUAAAUCUCCAAGAUAUUGUACAACG